AGCAAAAAUGAGUCUGUAGAAACACCUAUGUGGCGGUACCACCCAACUGAUCAGAUAUGGCUUUGGUUAUUGGGAAAUGAUCCACCAAAGUAAAAGAAAAAAUUUCGAUUAAGACAUUUGGCUUUUUUGCAGAGUAAUCAAAAAUGCUUAAGCUUUGAACCGGUUGACAAAAAGUCGGAGCUGCAUUAAGUGAUUUCGAUGUCAAGUAUUCAACUUAUUUCAGAGCUCCAGCAUUUCUCACUGAGCAGACUGGCCUUUGCGAGCUUUGGUGUGUCGACCCCUUGAAAGUGGAUUGCGAUGAUGCCACGUUGUACUAAGCGCACAUUGCCGUACACGUCUACGUCACUGCAACAAGGUGACGCGUGCAAGAUUUCGGCUGGUGUUUGAGUUACGAAUUUUUCUGUCUGCUCUUUUCAGAAUGACUCUAAGCCAGUGAAGAUGAUGAAGCAGAAAACUAAGUUCCCUUUGGCUUUCAUCCCUGAAGCCAACUGCCAGAUCCUGGAGAUGCCUUACAAAGGGAAGGAGCUCAGCAUGCUCAUCUUUCUACCCAUGGACAUAGAGGACAGUUCAACUGGUCUGGAGAAGCUGGAACGGGAGCUGACCUAUGAGAACUUUGUGGAGUGGACUCGUCCAGCCAUGAUGAAGGAAGUUGAGGUCCAGGUGGCCCUGCCUCGGUUCAAGAUGGAGGAGAAGUAUGACAUGAAGGAUGUCCUGAUCAGCAUGGGCAUGGUGGAUGCUUUCGACGGGAGAAUGAGUGACUUCUCCGGCAUGUCUCCUGCCAACGACCUAGUAGUGUCAAAAGUCUUCCACAAGGCUUUCGUGGAGGUGAACGAGAGGGGCACUGAGGCUUCUGCUGCCACCACUGUAUUCAUGAAUCUGCGCUGUGCAAUGCUUCCGGCCUCCUUCAUCGCAGACCAUCCCUUCCUCUUCUUCAUCCGACACAACCCCUCCAAGAGCGUUCUGUUUGCUGGCCGGUACUGCUCCCCUGAGUGAGCACUACGUCGUUGGGAUUGUUGAGGUCUCAACCAGAGGGGGGGUUACGAUUACAUUUAUAAUUGCAGUAGUUUAGCAUUUUAUUUUGUAUUACUGGUAAAAUGUUGAAAAUCCCCCUCCAGAGUUUCCAGUAGCUAAUCACACCCUGAGUUCCCGUCCUAUAUUCUCAGCGCCAGGUUGAUGAGUAAAAACUAUGGUGUUGGAUUUUCCAAACUGUAGCGUCACAGUUCUGCAUCACUUCUUACACGAGUGAUUCCGCGCCUCCCUGAACGUUAGGUUCUUGCACUGCUCAGCCUUUGCAUCUAAUCUGAUCCUUCGGAUCUGAUUCACUUUAUGUCUGUAAUACAUGUUUGGCCCUAUUUGCUGCAGCCUCACACCCUACCCUAGUUUAUCUAUACCAUCAGAUUCUGGGUUUUCCUAUCUUACACCCUUUGAAAGAAUUUGCCUUACUCACAAUGUCUGCUAUGCCUUUUUCAACCGACAGCACGGACAUAAACUACACCUUUCAUACCAUGUAUCUAAGAUACAAUGUUUGCAAGAUUCUCGUUUUAUGUGUUCAGUUAACCAAAGACAAUAUUGUGAUGAAAUCAAGUGCAGUUGUAUUUAAUUGCACCACUAUGAUUACAAUGACUGGAGUUCACAGGAAGUUUUGAACGUGCAUGGAGUCAAGGUCGCCUUUAUGUAUGCUUACGCUUUUACACAUGGAAUAAAAGUGUGUGUGAUGGGAAUAAAAGUGUGUGAUU